UUAGAGGAGGAAAACAAGGAAUAAAAUAUUUUGAACCAAUGGACUGCAGAUAGUACAGGAGAUGAUCAGAGACUGCAGACAUACUACAGGAGACGACCAGAGACUGCGGACAUACUACAGGAGAUGACCAGAGACUGGGGACAUACUACAGGAGAUGACCAGAGACUGCAAACAUAUUACAGGAGAUGACCAGAGACUGCAGACAUAGUACAGGAGAUGACCAGAGACUGCAGACAUAGUACAGGAGAUGACCAGAGACUGCGGACAUAGUACAGGAGAUGACCAGAGACUGCAGACCUUUGGGGAGCGGGUACCUAAAUUUGACAGGUACUCACUCCCAUUUCUGCUAUGAUCGUCUAGGCGAUCGGAAGCGGAAGUUCUCCUCCCUCCCUCCCCGUAGUCUUCUGGGACACAUGACAGGUCCCAGAAGACUAUGGGACCAUUCACAAAGCGCAGCGCUUCUCGCGCAUGUGCAGUGGGCACUUGGCUGUGAAGCCGCAAGCUGU